CCACGCAAAUUCCUCGGCCAUUUACAAGGCAGCAAAACAAAGCAAAAAACGGGAAAAACAAAGGAAAAGCGGCCCCCCAUCGGUGACGUCGCCCAGGAAAUCAAUCGACAAAAACAAGACUGGCGACGAUAAAUUUGCGAGGCGAGUCAAGUCGUCAGUUAUCUAUCUCCCUCUGCUCGUUUCGCUUCGUCUUUUGGGGCUGUUUUGGGGCACUAAAUCGAAGGGAAAAAACAUUCCACAUCCACACUCACCAGCAAUCUUUCCGAAAGGCUUACUCAGCAGCGGGAGUGAGUUGCAGUAACCGUCCGUAGAACCAAUCACCAGUUGCCAUCUCAGAGGAGGAAGACCGCAGCAGCAUCCGCAUCCGAUCCAAUCCAAACCGAUCAUGGCAACCACUCCACGCAGCGGCGGUGCCAGCGGCACUGGAACGGCGCAGCGACCCAAUGGCACCUCGCAAAACAAAAGUUGCCAAUUCAAGUUGGUGCUCCUUGGUGAGUCCGCCGUGGGCAAGUCAUCCCUGGUGCUGCGCUUCGUCAAGGGACAGUUCCACGAGUACCAGGAGAGCACGAUAGGUGCGGCCUUUCUGACACAAACCAUUUGCAUAGAGGACACCGUCGUCAAGUUCGAGAUCUGGGACACGGCUGGCCAGGAGCGAUACCACAGCUUAGCUCCCAUGUAUUAUCGGGGAGCGCAGGCCGCCAUCGUCGUCUAUGAUAUACAGAAUCAGGACAGUUUUCAGCGUGCGAAGACUUGGGUCAAGGAACUGCAUAAACAAGCCUCACCAAACAUUGUCAUUGCGCUGGCCGGCAACAAGGCCGAUCUGUCAAACAUUCGCGUCGUGGAGUUCGAUGAAGCGAAGCAAUAUGCCGAGGAGAACGGACUGCUGUUCAUGGAAACGUCCGCCAAGACGGGCAUGAAUGUCAACGACAUCUUUUUGGCCAUUGCCAAGAAACUACCUAAGAACGAUGGCGCCAACAAUCAAGGAACCAGCAUAAGGCCGACUGGAACCGAGACAAAUCGACCGACGAACCACUGCUGCAAGUGAUGUCCCUUUGUAGAAAAUGAAAUUUCCAACGAGAGAUUUGAAAAGUUUAUGCUGAUAAUUAUAAAUAAAAAAAUUAUUUAAAAAUUCAA